AUGAGCGACCAAACGAUCCGAAAGCUGGCAGUCUUCCGGGCUCCAGGAUAUCCGUACCAAGAUGACAAGCUCACGGCUGGGCAGACUGGCGUCUGGUCGGACAUUAUCGACACGUGGAUGACUGAAGAAAUUAACGCCGAGUAUCGCGACGACGACGGCAACAUGCACCCCCUCCCUGGUCCGAGGAAGCGCGGCUGCGAUGGCAAGCCAAGAACCAAGCUGAAGCAGUUUUUCAACGGCCGCAUCACUCCGUAUAAUGUUGGCCAGAAGCCUACUCCCAUCACUUGGAUCGGAUUCCCGCGACUGAUCCAGAAGGAAACCAACACGGACCAAGAACGGUGGAAGGAGGCGGAUGCUCACCGCGACCGCCAAGAUGAGUAUCUCGAGUGGACAGUGAAGAGGGACGAGGACGGGAGAAUCGUAUCUGUAACGUUUACCUGCGAAGGGCCCGAGUACUGGGCCUUCUUGGCAGAUUAUGCCCCCAAGAAGAUGUUUUCCAUGUACCAGAGCUGCAACCCCGAGUUCGCCGACCAGAUGAAGCAGGAGGAUCUCUUUGGCCCCGAUGGGAAAUAUGAGCCAUACAACAAGUGGAACGGCGUCGUGAGGAGCGACCCCAAAAGUGCAGAUGACCUGAUCACGACGAACCCUGGCUGCAUCAUGCACCUGGCGCAGAAGAACAACACGCUGAGCGCCGAGAUUGACAUUGCCGCUCAGGGCACCGUGAUCCGUAAGAGAGAUGACGGGACGAUUAUCGUCGACCCGGUGGAGCUGUGCAACUGCUCGGCGUAUGGAAACCCGACGCGCAACUCGGAUCCCAAGAUUGGGUCGAUGAUCAACUCGCUGGUGGUCAAGGGUGCCAAGGUCUCGAUUGCCGACCCUGUGGCCAUCUAUAUGCGUGAGUUUGCGGCAUCCAAGUUCAUGCUGGACGUCGAUGGCACCGGCGAGAACCUGCAGCCCGUCCCCGCGGGCACCUUCACCUGGGUGCGCGGCGAUAUCAAGAAGUACAUGGGCCUGCGUCUGCACAUUCAGGUUCCCGACGGCAUCGUGGGCACGGGCGACAGCGCAGGGCGGCAGCUGACGGUGAGCGACCUGGUCGACACGAGCAACAGUCAGAAUGUGCUGCACGGCGCCCAGUUUGCCGACUACAUCACGAUGAGCGUCAACGGAGUGAUUAUCCCUGGCGGAGAGCCGGAGCCGGCGCAGGAAUGUCCCUGCAAGUGCAAGACGGAGGCCAAUGGAGAAGAUGAGGCUGUGAAGAUGAUGGCUUCAUCUGACGGGAUGGAGCGAUUCCAAGGCCGGAUGAGAGUGUAG